AGUGCACGAGCGCACAACACCCCUCAAAUACUCCGACCAUCGUGGGUCGAAUCCGAGUCAUUAGGAACCUCAUGGGUCUCUUUGUACCCACCUUGCCUGACCAAUAUAUAGAUCUCGUUAAGUCUUGGGAGCUGCAGUUGAGUCCCGAUGGCUUCAACACCGUCCGCCUCAGCCCUCUCCGCUGUUCUCCGGAGUCAGGGCAACAUACUCGCCCGAAAGGGGGUGAACCAGACGCGGCCUGCGGCAUCGGUCUACGGGCUCGGGAUGAAAUCUUCAAACCGAUCAUUUUUUCGUACUCUCUUGGGUUUUAUAUUUAACAGGGAGAUUGACGAGAUUCAGGGAGUUUGGUCCGUUUCAACGCAACUUAAAAGACGAUCUGCUGUAAGAAUCACUGAGGAUCAUCUGGUCAAAAACUCAACAUUAAAGAACUGUCGUAAAACGAAACUGAAGACGGAUUAUUACGGUUUUGCGUUUAAUUCUGAGCGGUUUAGUCUUUUAUCAAAAAACAGCAAAGUUCUUCGAGUGGGUAACUUGUAUGUGGGGAAAACAACGUCGGAAAAUCCAAGGACUUUUUGCAUUUGUAUAGUUUGUGCUCACGGUAAGAGCGCAUUAAACCAACAUGAAGUGGAUUCGUUAUUUCCGAUUGUUUUACUGUCGUUAUUAAAGAAGAGACUGACAUAUUUAACAGCUGCAGUGUCCGACAUUAUGCGGACCAAACUGGGAAUAGACAGGACCAACCAGAUUUAUCCGGAUUGCAAUAAGCGGAGUGGAGGUUUCGAAUAUAACACUGAAGAUCAUACGGAGGCUGAAUCUCAGACUCUGCAGGGAGAAGCGUCUGAAAUUCAGAAAUGAAUCUUCUGCAGAUCCUUUGGAUGACAUGCACUUCCCAAAUGCACCUCCAGACUUCCUAAAAACAGAUAGCUAGAUUUAUUUUGAUUGGCUUAUAUGUGAAUGUUUGUAAUGCCAGUGUAACCGCACAAUAUGUCCUGGUUUGUGCUGUGUGUUGUAGCCUAAGACUGAGCUCUGUGGAUGUUUGAUAGAGCUUUUAUAUGCUAUGUAUUGUUGUAUAGCUGGAUUUUGCCUUAGGAAUAAUAUUAUAUGUAAAUAUAUUAAUAAAUAUAUUAUUUCAAAGUACAUAUGCAAAACUCUGACCUUAUACGGUAAUCAGGUAACCAACAUGCGUUUAACAAAAUAAAGAAAAAAAUGAUGUUAAAUGGUUAUAAACUGCCUGACUUUAUGCCUAUAUUUCUGAUAAAGAGAAAAACUUUUGGAAGAAAUCAUGUGUUGAAGUUGUACACCCUUGAAAUAAGAUCCAAACAUGAUCCGUGAUGCCUAACAUCUACGUUUUUUACUUAGUACAGUCGAAAACCUACAUACAGCUACUUAAAAGUAAAGCAGAUGUUCUUAUGUGAGACUUGAGGGGGCGGGGCUUUCUAAACAUGACGCCACGCCACCCGGAAGUUAAGCGCUGUUACAUUCUUGAGCGAAGCUUGGAGGGUACGCUCGAGAGUCAGGAAGUUUGUAGCUCUUAAAAUUAUAGGUUAUUUAACGUCUAAACCAUUUCAGAACCAAAUAAAGGACCUGGGAUAUUUGAAACGGUGCAGAAUUGUUAAAGCUACUGAAAUAUGAGUAUAACUGAGUGAGAAGUAGAGAAAUGAGUGAAGAAGACGUUCAACAUGCCAGAGUAUGAGCGCGUGUUGACUCAUCUUUUGGGCUGUUGGUGGUGGAGGGAAGGCUGAAUGGGCUACAGGCCCUGCCAAUGGUCACCCUCGCACAUUGGACUACAAUACAAAUAUCAUAAUCUAAAAACCUGGAACAUGUUUUAUUUUCACCUACGGUCUCUUUAAUGUAAAGUUUUAUUUACUUAUUAGAUAAAAAUCAUGCAAAGCAUGUGAUUUUUUUCGAUAUCCACAAGACUUUAUUUAUGUUCUCAAUGCCCUGUCUGUAUUAUCAUCCACUUCUGCUUUCCUGAAUCCCCUGUAUCAUUGCACCUCAGGUCAAUGGCCAUGCUCCGCAAGAGAAGUUCUCUCAUCAUUUGCGGUGGUUUUAUAUUCGUAGCUUGGAAUGUCAUUCUCAUCUAUGUCCUUAUGGGUCGUCCGCUCGGUCAGCUUGACAGCAAGGCUGAACCUGGUAAAACAGGUGACCAAGGAGGCGGCGAAAUAGGAAAUAUUAUCAAUGAGGUGAUGCGUGUAGCUAAUGAGUUUGAGACUGAACUUAAAUCGCAGAAGAAAAUCUUAAUGCAGAUCAAGAACCAUAGGUCAGUUUGGGAAAACGACAAGGACAAUGAACCUGCCGCUAAGAGAAAAUCAAUAGCAGAACCUGCACCACCCGUGGUCAUCCCUAUUUUAGUCAUUGCCUGUGAUCGUGUGACAGUAAAACGCUGCCUUGAUAAACUCAUUGAGCAACGCCCAUCAGCCGAGCUUCACCCAAUCAUAGUGAGUCAGGACUGCGGGCAUGGGGAAACUGCCAAUGUGAUCGCAUCGUAUGGCAGUCAACUGACCCACAUUAAACAGCCAGAUCUUUCAGAAAUCGCCGUACCUCCGCAGCAUAAGAAGUUCCAGGGCUACUACAAAAUCUCACGACAUUACCGCUGGGCAUUGAACCAAGUUUUCAACACGUUCUCCUACACGUCUGUUGUCAUUGUGGAGGAUGAUAUAGAGGUGGCUCCUGAUUUCUUUGAGUACUUCAGAGCACUUCAUCCAAUCUUAAAAUCGGACCCAACUUUGUGGUGCGUAUCUGCCUGGAAUGACAAUGGCAGGGAUGGGUAUGUUGAUCCCGGUAAAGCAAGCUUGUUGUACAGGACAGAUUUUUUCCCAGGCCUGGGCUGGAUGCUCACAAAAGACCUCUGGAUUGAGCUCGAGCCAAAAUGGCCAGCCUCAUUUUGGGAUGACUGGAUGCGUCACCCCGAUCAACGCAAAGACAGGUCCUGCAUCAGACCAGAAAUUUCCAGAACUAUAACGUUCGGCCGUAAGGGUGUGAGUUUGGGUCAGUUUUUCGACAAGUACCUCCGCUUUAUUAAACUCAAUACCGAAUUUGUGCCUUUUACAACACUAGACCUAUCCUAUUUGGAUAAAGAGACAUAUGAUAAGACCUUUGAUAAGGAAGUAUAUAGUGCUGAAGUUGUGACUAUGGAGGAUCUGCAGGGUGGUAAACUGUCUGGACCUGGGCCUUUCAGACUGCAGUAUUCCAGUGCUGACAGUUUCAAAACAUUGGCUCGUAAUCUCGGCAUUAUGGAUGACCUAAAGUCAGGAGUCCCUCGAGCAGGGUAUAGAGGUGUAGUUAGUUUCCUUUCACGUGGAAAGAGAAUCUAUGUGGCACCACCUGCUGGUUGGAGUCAGUAUGAUCCAAGCUGGAGUUGAGGUGGAGUGUUUUUUUUUUAAAGUUUAAAUUAUAAAAAGUUAUAUUUGGUGCACUUGUAUGUUACAGCCUGUCUUUAAGACUUACUAUGGUUCAUUUCACAACUGUGAAAUUAUUGCAUACUGUUGUAAAUGUCUUAAAAUGUCAUUGUCCAGUGCGAAUACGAUACCAAAGAUAAAAGAUUUAUCACUCAGA